AUGGAUCCCGCAGAAGAGAGAAGAGAGAUGAAGAGGCAAAAGGAGUACUACAACAUGGUAGGAUACGUUUGUGAUUCAGAAUACAGGAUUCUGACAAGGUGUCCGUGUGGUUCAACGAUCAUUGACGAGGUUCGGGGGAAGGAGGACUACGACACCCUUCCUGGGAAGCGUUUCUUCACCUGCAAAAACUACGAGGAUGAUUGGUUGCAUUAUCGUCAUCCUUGGGUGUUUGGUGUCCAGGAGGAGAUCGAAAGGCUGACUAAGCGGGUGGAGGAAGCUGAGCAAUCAACUUCCCAGAGCAGUCAAACAAUAGACGUAGAGUCUUUUGAGGUUCCUAGGUUUAGUAGCCAGAGCUCUGAAGAUCCUAAACCAGUGGAAAGGAGAAAGUGGACACCAAAAGAAAACUUGGUGCUCAUCAGUGCUUGGUUGAACACCAGCAAGGAUCCCAUAGUCAGUAAUGAGCAGAAGGCAGGGGCGUUUUGGAAGAGAAUAGAGGAGUAUUUCAACUCAAGCCCUCAGCUCAGUGGCUUUGCUACUAGAGAGGCAAAUCAAUGUAAGCAGAGGUGGGGAAGAGUGAACGAGCAGGUGUGCAAGUUUGUGGGAAGGUAUGAGGCCGCUCUGAAGGAGCAAGCUAGUGGCCAAAAUGAAAAUGAUGUCAUGAAGGCAGCCCAUGACAUCUUCUUAAAUGACUACCAGGUCAAGUUCAGCCUUGAACAUGCCUGGAGGAAACUUAGGUUUGAUCAGAAAUGGAGAUCAAACUCUGUGUCCAGAGAUGGUGGAAAGGAGAAAAGGAAGGAAGCUGCAGAGGUGGUGCCUGACUUGGAAGAGGUUAGGCCUCCUGGUGUUAAGGCUUGCAAAGCAACCAAACGCAAGAAGCACAGGAAUGAAGCAGCUUUUGAUCAAAUACAGAGCAUGCUUGUUGUGAAACAGAACAUAUCCAAACAGAAACUCCUUGAUCGUCUCCUUGCCAAAAAUGAAAAUGAUCUAUCUGAUACCGAAGUGUCUCUGAAGAAUAAACUCAUAUCUGAAAUGCUUUGA